AUGGACACCGCCGACGAAGGUAGCUUAUGUUUACACUUUUUAAGCGAUUAUAUGAACGUUUCCGGUUAAGUCUGUCUGUUAAUGGGGCUCUCUAAACGCAUCUGAACACCUGUUCGUAUUGUUGCUCGGAUGUGAAGUUUUGUCAAACAUUGCAAACUGUUCAACAGAAUCAAAGAAACCGCUAGCCAAUUAGCUAACUAGCAGCCAACUAGCAUUAGCUCACAAUCGUCAGCCAUCAGCUGUUUUCAGUGGUACGAACAGCCUCAAAGCGAACCGACGCGCGAAAUAGUUCGCCCGUAUUUAAUGUGUAUUGCAAACUGCCGUUUCCCUGUCAAAGCAUGCUGGGAUUCUGAGCGACACGAACCUCGCGAGCGACGCAACUUUGAAUAGCUUUCUCCCCUUUUUUUGCUAUGGUCAUGUUUUUUUAGUUAAUUAUGUAAUACUGUGAACUAUGUGGUACUCAUGGGAAGUGACUUAAAUUGAAAUAGAAAUGAAAUCACACCAGUAACUGUUAACGAAGCCGUGCAGACGCGAGUGUGAGCGGAACGGUCGCGUACAGUUUGUCUGAACUGUAGAUAGAAAUAGCAACGCCAGCUCGUUGUUAUGUGUGUCUGAAAACGUUACGUUGAUCUCACGAGUCCCUCCGUUGGGGGGUAUUUCUCAUGGACUUCGAAGUAAAGCACAGCUAAUUAUCAGUUACAUGCGAGGCCCAUUCAGUCCUAACCAUUCUCAUAACACAAGUGGUACUUUAUGCAGGGAAUGACUCUGUCGCACAGGUCGCUUCUCUCACCUAACAGUGUUUGUUUACUUUAAUUCCAUGUCUUUAAAGGUUGGGAUGAUUUGUAAACCAGCUAAAGCCUUUUUAAUGGUAGAUAUAGGAAGCAUUGCAAAGUCAACAAGUCAAAUGUUAAAACAAGAGUUGCAAAAUUUCGGGAAUUUUCAAAGUUGGAAACUUUCCAUGGGAACGGGAAUAUAUGGGAACUAACGAGAAUUAAUGGGAAUUAACUGGAAUAAAUCCAAAAUUUACAAAAUUGAAGGUUGGUCCUUAACAGGGAGCUUAAAUAUAGUUGGGGAAAAUAUAUUGUGGCAUAAUCUUGGCUAAAUGAUUUGUCCAACCCUGGAGACCACACUUUUGAGCCCAAUGCACAAGACAUUUGAGCAAACGGAUUAUAUAAAGUCAAGUAAGUUUUGAUAAUAUUAUCGGGUAAAUAUAUUUGAUCUCUAACUGUGUAAGUAUUUAACUUCCAAAAAUUAAAUAAAAAAUAGAUGCUAAAUGUAAGCUAUUUUUCAUUUCAUUGAGCAUUUAAGAGGCUAGCUUAUUAUGGUGGUGGUAGCUACCUCAACUGUGAAACUGUUUCUUCUGACUCCUGCAAGAUGGUUUUCUGUAACCAUACAAUAAUUUAUACAUCAAUUGUCAAAUAUUUUUAAGACCAUUCCAGUUGCUUAGCCAACUAUAUUUCUAUUCAUGCCAUUGUUCAUUACCAUUAAUUGUAUUAUUUUGCAUGGAUGUCUGCUUAUGACAAAACAAAAGUAUUUACAUUUAUUUUUGGAUGUUUGUUUAAAUUACCCCCAAUUUCCAUUUUAUUCCCAUAAAUUCCCAUAAUUUCCAUGGAAAGUUUCCAAUUUGGAAUAUUUCCAAAAUUCGCCAGCUUAACUUCCCAUGGAAAGUUACUGGAAAUUCACCAGAAAUUGUCUGCCUCUUUGCAACCCUAGUUGAAACUGAAAAGUUGUUAUCUAAAAGAUAUGCUAAUACUUUUAUAUUAUCCUUUUAACACACUUCAAGACUGCUAGGAGAGGGACUUCAAAAAAGAUAUUUCGAGCCAAAAUAUAUUGUUACCUGGAGAAGUGUCUUUCUUUGGUCAAUAAAUUAAUAAUGUAAGAAAAGUUGCUCUGUGUUCAAUCAGCAAAGAAAUUAAUAUUAAAAGUUUCAGAGAGUCAUAAGACAUCUUGCUGCAAAGGGGGCAAGGCUAAAAACUCAGGCCUCUGGUGGCACCCUUAUGAUAGGCAUGGCUCUCCGGUGUAGGUCACUGCAUGUGCUCAAUAUUGCUUCUGAAUCAAGCCUGUGAGCAAAGUUAGUUGCUGCAUUCACAAAUGCAAGUCUUUUUAAAUAGUACUAUGAAAAGUGGAAACCAAAUGUAAACGUCAUCCAGAAACAUUGGCAAGUUCCCUGGGCCUGAGCCAAUCAAAGUUAAACCAAGGGGAGGUGGGAGGUGGGUUCUUUGGUCUGAUGAAUCAAAAUUUGAUAUUCAUGUUGGAAACCACAGAGGCUGCAUCCACUGCACUUAAGACGGGACAGGCCACUUGGCUCGUCGUCAGUGCACACUUUUAAGGCCAGCAUCCCCGAUAGUAUAGUAUGAAUGCCAAACAACAAAUACAACAGAGGAGUCCCGUGUUGAGCAGCUAAAACUCUAUUUCAAACAAAAAGGGACAACACUUUGAUAACUCCAGAAUCUGGUCUUCUCUCGGUUGUUAGUUUACUGAGUUUUGUGAAACUUAGUGGUUAACAUGCUUCUGUACUAACUUGUUUAAAAAGUGUUGCUGGCUUAAAAUUUCAAAGGAGCAUUUUUUGUAAAACGGACAAAGUUAUUGUUUUUGACAUUUGAUGGUUUUGGCACUGUUUUCACUUCAGCAAAGGAUUUCAAUGACCUACAGACCAUCAAAUUCUGUUUGGUCAGCAUUUUACCUAGCUUCCCCUCUACUAUAGAUUUAACAGUUUUGGGAUUAAAAAUAUAAUCUAAAAUAGUUGUCAGUACAGCAGCAGUAGUAUAGUUAAAUUAUAUUAUCAGCAUAACAGAUAACCCAAACUUGUCUUUUAAUCCUGAAUAUUUAGAGAUGCAUUCUAAACAAUCGAAUGAAAUGUUUUGGGAGUAUGAUCUCAUGGUAUGAUUGGUUAUUGUGUUCCCAUCAUGCAGCAGACAUCUGCCGAGUAUGUCGGUCUGAGGGGACCCUGGACAAGCCCCUCUAUCACCCCUGUGUCUGCACUGGCAGCAUCAAGUUUAUUCACCAGGAAUGGUAGGUUCAAAAUGUCUACUGUGUCAUCUUUCCCUCAGCCUGUGCUGUAUAUUUGUCUUUUGAGUGAGCGCAUUUUCAAACAUUUGAUCUAGUUCAUGUUUUUACUACUCCAAAAUUUGUUGACUUUGUUAAGAUGAAACAUUUUCUGUUAUCAAUAAUAAUAAUAAUAAUAAUAAUAAAUUUUAUUUGCAUAGCACUGUUCAUAGCACUCAAAGACUCUUUACAAGGAAGAAAACACAGUAGUGAAUAGGAUAAAACACAUGACAAAGACAGAGUAAAAACAGAUUAGAAAGACAGGCUGAAAUACAUUUGCAUUAACAGUUAAGAGCAGAUUUGAACAGGUGGGUUUUUAUGAGGGAUUUGAACUUUGAUAUAUCAGCACAGUCCCGGAUGUGUUUGGGGAGAGAGUUGCAGAGAGAGGGCAGCUAUGGAGAAAGCCUGGUUCCUCCAGGUUUGGUGCUUAGUCCUCAGAACAGGUGAGAGAAGGUUAGAGUCUGAGCAUCAGAGUGUGCAGGGGAAGGAGUAUAGGGCUGUAGCAGAUCAGUGAGGUCGGAGGAGGCCUGGUUAUGGAGGGCUUUAAAGGUGAGAAGGACCUUAAACUGAAUGUGUUGGUGAACAGGGAGCCAAUAGAGAUUUUAGAGGACUGGAGUGAUGUGGUCGUGUGAAGGGGCGUGAGUGAGGAGGGGAGUGACAGAGUUUUGAAUUAAAGUUUGGUUAGAAGUGUAAAGCUGUGUGACUUGACAGCAGGGCUCUCAAAGAAGAUUAGCUGAAACAGUCCAGAAAAAAGGUUAUGAGGCUUUUGGAAAAAAAGCUCACAGUCUGUUCUCUGUUUUCACAGCUUACUGCAGUGGUUGAAACACAGCAGAAAAGAAUACUGUGAACUAUGCAAACACAGAUUUGCAUUUACACCAAGUAAGUCUUUCUUUUUUCUCCUGUAGAUUAGAUCAAUGCACUAAUGAUGUUUUAAUUAGUUUGAAGCUCUUUGUAGUACCUCAUUCUUUCUGUUUACAUUGGGUAUUAACAUGUGUCCUAAGUGAUGAAAUCACUGGGGAACAGCUGCAAGGAUGGUGAGGAGCCACACUGUGCAAAGAUUGGGACAUGCACGUGUCUCUUCUGCUGUUGAAUUUACUACAGUAUAUGCAAUAACACAUUUUGGUUUCAUCAUAAAAAAUGAACUUACACAAAGUAUGGUACAGAUUGAAACAGGAUGAGAGGUCAAGUGUGCUGUGCAUCUUAGCAAUGUUGAUGUCUAUAUUCCUAGAUGUUCACUCGUGAUGGGCUCAUCCAGGGCAAAAUGAAUACCAGCUGUAACCAGGGCCAUCAUGCACCCUCCUCCCUCACUUCCACUGCCUUCUCUCUGACCUCCACCACCCUUUUUUUUUUCUAGUCUACUCUCCAGACAUGCCAUCUCGCCUGCCUGUCCAGGAUAUCUUCGCAGGUUUGGUCACCAGUAUUGGAACAGCCAUCAGAUACUGGUUUCACUACACACUUGUGGCCUUUGCCUGGCUUGGUGUGGUGCCUCUGACUGCAUGUAGGUGAUAUCAUGCCAAUGUUUAAAUGAAGGGUGUCAGAUAUAGAAUCUUAACAACUGUUUAAAAAAAAAAGAAAUGGUUCGAAUGCCUGAACAAAAACAUCUUUGACUUUUUCUCACAUUAUAAUAACUGGGCCCAUAACAUCCUCAACUAAUGGUUUAAUGUUGUGCAAAUCUUUUGUCAACCACAAGACGUUGAUCCCUUCAUUAUGAAUAACUUAAAUUAGAGAAGGAGUAGCAUCCAGUCUAAACAAUAAGCUUUAAAAAAAGUGAAAUAAACUCAUUCUGUUUUCAAGAGGCAGAUUAAAGCAGAUUCAAGGAGUUUUACCGAUUCACUUUUCUUUUUAUUUCUCACAGGUCGAAUAUAUAAGUGUUUAUUUACUGGCUCUGUGAGCUCUCUUCUUACGUUGCCACUAGAUAUGCUUUCAACGUAAGUAUAAAUCCUCUCUUUUUGUCUUUCUCUCACUCUGCUCUGUCCCUCUAUAUUGUAGGACUGUGUGUUCUGAGUGUUUUUAGUUUACAAAGAUGAUUGUGAUCUGAAUGGGGACCGAAUUGUGGUUAAUAGUAGUUCCACCCAUCUCAUGACCUUUUUCAUCUUUGUCCUCCUCUUGAGGUUAAGUCAUGUACUAAACAGAGGUGAAACGAAUUAUUUUUUCCUUCCAGACAAAACCUGCUUGCAGACUGCCUUCAAGGCUGUUUUGUGGUCACUUGCACGCUGUGCGCCUUCAUCAGCCUGGUGUGGCUCAGAGAGCAGAUUGUCCAUGGCGGUGCCCCUCUCUGGUUAGAUCAACAUCAGCCCCCUCUUGUUCCUAACCCCCCUCAUGAUCCUGCACCAGCUAACGAGGUGAGAUCACUACAUUAUCAUCUGUCAUCAGCCAGCAUCUCUUAUUGUCCUGCACACACAGCUGGGUAUUGUCCAGCUUAGAGUAUUGACUCCUCCUCCGCGUUAAUCUACCAGGAAUGCACUCUGACAUAGCAGGAACAAGGACAGGUGAAUAAAAAGCAAGGGAAGUUUUAUUUGGUUUAUCUCAAAUCUAUCUUUGUGUCACAUGAAGGUGGAUUAAAACAUAUUGAUUUAGUUCAUAAUACUUAAUCUAAGUUAAACUUCUCUCAGUUGGUGCUGGUUUACAGAAGGCAGUCACUCUAGUUUUUCUCUCUGCCAGAGGUAAUAUCUGAGCGGUAAUUCUUCGUGAUACCAGGAUGCGCUCACUCAGCUGGUCGAGACAUUAGUUCAUGUUUGGAGAUCAACAAACAGGGCUUACAAGGUUGGGUUUUCCUCCAAAAAAAACCUGUUCCUUUCCAAAUUUAAAACUAUGACUGCUGUCACUGCGCCCCUGAGAAGCCAAGUGUUAAUUCGUCUCACUGCUAAAGAUGUCCAACACUACAUGUUGUUUUUAUUCACAAUACCAUCACGACUCUGUAGGUCCUCGGGGGUGACAUUGGUGCCAAUGGUCAGGCUGAUGAUGCAGCUGUCCGGCACCCUGCAGAUGCUGCUCCAGAUGCACCAGACCCUGCUAAUCCUAAUGAAGCUGGUAACCAUGGAGAUGAUCCAGAACUUGACGAUGAGGAAGAUGAUGAUGACGGAGAGGAAGAUGAAGAGGAGGAGGAGGAUGAGGAAGGCAGAGAAGAGGAUGCUGCUGAUGCCAAUAAUGGAGGACAAGGUUGGCAAAGUGUGAACUGUCCUUAAACUGCUUUUUUCCAGAGUUAAUAAACCUACACCUGGAAGAGCAUCAUACUUGUUCUUCACUGUUCAUGUUCGAGCUCUGUGCUUUACUUUGCAGAAGAUCUUAACUGGAACGCCUUGGAAUGGGACCGUGCAGCUGAGGAGCUGACCUGGGAGAGGGUAGGCAUCAAUCAUUUUUGUCUUUGCGUGGAAGUGAAAGUAUGACUGCAGCUGUUGGGCCAAGACAUUUCAAUUCUAAGGAAGUUUCCUCAAGCUUCAUACUUGGUAUGUCCAUGGUUCAGGUGGGGUUUGGGAAAAUGCAUUUGGUGGAUCUGAGGCCAAAAGAAAUGUACUUCUGGUUUAAACAGAAGGCGUACAGUUAAGGUCAAAAUGAAUCCAGAGGAAGCCAUUUCAGCAGCAAUCAUCUUAGCAGUGAUCCAGGGAUUCUUGUCGUUGUUCAUCUGUUUUUUCUCCAAAGCCACCGGCUCAACCACAUCCAGGUGUAUUUUGGAAAGACUUAGUUUCUUUGUGCUUUACAAUGAUGCAUCACACAGCUGUUCUAGAAACUGCAAAACACUUGCAAAUGACAUUAUAUCCUUCUCCCUUAAGGUGAGCAUCACUGAUUUCUUGGCUUAAUGAUAUCACUUCUUACCAGGGUUUUGGAGCAACUCUAGAGUCAUUCCUUUAGAUCUAGUGGUCAGGUAACACUGGCCCUGCUUCUUGGAGCUACUUAUGUUGGAUUUAGUGCUAACUGAUUGCUGAGGUGUGGUUUCAAAACCUAGUUGAUGUGUUGUAAAAGCUCAAAAUCACAUGGGGGCUAAGAAUUUUGAUCUCAACUGUAGUCAAAGAAGUAAGAAAAUCGUGUUCAUUGUUAAGGAUUUUGAUGAUGUUCCCAUUUCUUUUAUCCUAGAUGCUGGGGCUGGAUGGCUCUUUGGUUUUCCUGGUAAGUGUACAGCUUUGUACACACAAUGUAAAUUGUGCCUUAAAGUGAAAUUCCCAUAAAUUUGAAAAUACAUCUAAUAAAUAUGGCCCAGCUCACAGCCAGCAAUGUGCAUAUGUCCAAAAAUGUGAACAUAAUCAGAAUAAUUAACAUUUUUGGACUUUUAAUUUUUAUGGAGAUAAACAUUUUGUUGCUCCACCUUUGUCCUGACAUUUUUUAGUUUUACUUGCUAAUUUCUCAAAUUUCAUUUCCCAUAAAUGAUGCAAUAAUCAUUAUCGUAAUAUUGUAUGGCCACAAUAUUCUCAAGGUGGAAAUCUGAUAUUGUGACAGCUGUACUUACUGAGCUGCUGUCUGUGCAUGAACAGUUUUCAUUGAGAGUUUUCCAGAAACAGCUCAAAGAAACUGUUUUUGUGUCUGUCAUUUUCAGGAGCAUGUGUUCUGGGUGGUGUCUCUCAACACUCUCUUCAUCCUGGUCUUCGGUAAGUAAAGGGGCUCUCAUACCAACAUCGUUAAGUCAGGGCUUCCUGACUUUUCUGUUUGGUUCGAACCAAAAUGAUAGGUGUGAAACCUCCCCUGGACCUUGUUUCGCACAAAAAGAGGUGGUCUUGGUCCAGACCAAACUGAACCACAGUCUGGUUCAUGCCCAGUGUGAAAGCAUUAUUUUGAAAGGUUCGGACUUUCGUAACAAAGACAGGAAAUGACACAAGGAGUUGAAGUAUCAGUUAUUAUGUUGACUGGAGAUUGUCCACAAGUGGGGAAAUUUUAUAAUAUUGUAGAUAAAGUUUUAGACCAUACUAUUGACAGCUUAUCUUUUCAAGAGUUUUCCAACACGUAGUAGGCCUGGACGAUAUAGAAAAAAAGCAUAUCGAUAAAAAAUAAAUCAUAUUGAUCGAUAUCGAUAAUUAUCGAUAUAAUUGUUAUAAUUAUUUAACAUAUAUUUUAAUUGCAGUCCUGGAUGUUUUAUGCUAUUGCUUAAUGACCUACUUUUAAUAAAGAACACACAAGCACUGAAUUCAAAUUCAAACCUUUAUUCAACCACCUUUUUUAUUUUACCACAACUGUUUUUUAAAAAAGAACUUAAAAAAAAAAAUAAAUCAACUUAAGUGGCCUGAGUGACGUCAGUAAAUACUGACAAACAUAAAGACUAAAGUGACCAGAAAAUCUGAUUAAUAAAUAUUUAAAUAGUCUUUUGAUGAAAAUAAACAAAUAUAUAAAUAAACAGAAUAGCUUUAGGUGGGAAUAGCAUACUACCAGUUUUAACUGUGUGGGAAACUGCCCACAGCCUGGUGUCUGAACACUGAAAUAUUUCUCCCUGGGUCGGGAGAUUUAUUAUUUUUAAUUAUCAUGUGAUUGACUUAAUACACAAACUAAGCACGAGAAGCAGGACUUAUCCACGCCGGUGUUGUGUCGUAGAAUGCACCCCUGCCGAAUGCACCCCCUGCUAGUAGCCAUGAUCCAAAUACUCGCGUCUUAGUAAAAUAUGAGCUCAUUUUCUUCCACUUUAAGAAGCUACACCGGAACGUAUUUCCUCCGCACCCUUCUCACCUUUUCAACCCCUGACCCAUUUUCAAGCCUGAAGCGCUGUGUUUGAGAAAUACUUGCGGCCGGGCACUUCAUAUCGCGGGUCGAGAGUGGCUAGAAGCUGGUCGAAGCCAGGCUUUUCAACGGUAGUUAUUGGCAGUAUGUCCCUCGCUAUGGAGCAUGUUACUGCAUGGGUGAUGUCCUUAUGCCGCUCGGACGCUUUGUCGUAUUUUGGCAAGGAACGAAGUCCAGUUUGGUCUGCUUCACAUGCUUUGUGCUGGUGCUGGCAGCGGUUCCAGAGGAUUCCUCCUCCGACUAAGAUGUGGAGCCGCGGCGCGGCCGACACAGCUCGUACUCCUGCGGGUGCGAUCGGUUUAGAAGGUAAAACAAGUUGGUUGUGUUACCAGACUUCGUUUUUACUAAUUCUCUGCAAAUUUUGCAAACGACCGCUGUUCGCUUUUUGUCAGACUUCUAAAAACCAAAACAUUGCCAUACUGGUGAACUACUGAAACCUUUUUUCGGGACAAUGUCCUCCGCUUCUCCUUGCUGUAUCAUUUAUUCUAAUACACGUGCUGUCUGUUGUGGUUUGAGAGGGGCUGGGCUUGGUGCCGUAGCGUACCUGGGUCUGCGUUUGUGAUUGGUUGGGAAGAAGUAAUGACUGUAGUAAAAGCUACAUGAUAGGCUAUGAUGAAAAAGAAAGGGAAACUGUGUUUUUCUAUCGAACUUUUUAUCGACCCGUUUUUUUUCUAUCGCACCACACGUCUAUCGAUCGAUAUAUAUUAUUAUCGAAUUAUCGUCCAGCACUAACACGUAGUCUAAUGAUAAAAUUCACAAGAUGAACUUGGACCAGUCUCAUGUAUGGCUGCUUAAAGUUGUCGCUGUCGAAGGAAGACAAUCAAAAAUAGUACGAUGGCGGGAAUGACGAUUUCAUUUAUGUUUACAUUCACAACAUAUGAGACCUGUGUUGUUCAUUGUGUUGAUGUCAGAUGCCCGUCGGCCAAAUGACUAAUCAAUACAAACUACAGAGACACACAAAGCACGUAGUUGAUGACAAUAUCACGUAGGUUUGUCAUGUAAAGCCUGUUAGUCUGUUUGCAAUAAUGACAGUGUGAAACCUUAACAGACUGAACCAAAUGUAAACAACAUAACAAAAACAUGGACCUUGGUUCAGACUGUGGUCUUGGACUUUCAGGUGUGAAAACACCCUAAGACAUUUCAGACAACACUGAUAGUUACAAAUGUAGAAACCAUCAGGCGGUCUGUAUGCUGUACAGAACAGUUAUUUUCACAGAAGUUUGUGAAUGACCUGAUGUCAGCCAGUGCUGUGCAUCUUCAUACACACACUCCUUUCUCAAGAUUCUGAUGUCAUUUCUUUUUCUCUAGCUUUUUGCCCAUAUCACAUUGGUCAUUUCUCGGUGGUUGGACUGGGCUUUGAGGACUAUGUAAGUACACAGGACCACUCUGUCACAGUUUUGGAGUUUGUUCUGCGUUAAUCAAACUUUUUGAUGAAGAUAUUAUGUGAUUGCAGAUCAAAGCUUCUCACUUUGAUGGCCUCAUUACCACCAUACUGGGAUACAUCCUCCUGGCAGGCGCUCUCAUCGUCUGUCACGUAUCCUUAACAUGAAAAAGAACUUUGUGCAGAAGACAACAGUGUGUUUCAUAUGCUCACUUGCUCAUUAGAAGUGUCAAAAAAUACAUUUCUUCAGUCGAGUCAUUAGUGUUUGUCUCGGCUGGAUUUUGUACAUAGUUAUAUGAUGAUUGACACUUUUGGCUGGUUUGAAGGAGUUGGGGUUGAGGGGUUGAAAACAUGAUGUAGGUGUUUGAAGCUUGGUCAUUAACAUUUAAAUUUGAUGCUUCAAUUACACACUGAAUCGUUUCACAUUUGGCUGCAAGUUCUUAACAAUGUUUUCUUCAGGCGUUGGCUUCAUUAGUGAGGUUUCAGCGGUCAAGACGUCUCCUCGGUGUCUGCUACAUUGUUGUUAAGGUAAACGAGAGAUGAAGAAUUUCAGUGUUUAAUAAAUAACCCACCGUGUUUUCACCUAACAAGCAACACUUCAUUAAAUAAUGAUUUAGAAAAUUAUGAUUCCAAAAGUUAUUAAAACAGAAAUUAAUUGUGUUGUUUUUAUGUCUGUGUGGCAGGUGUCUCUGCUAGUUGUCAUGGAGAUCGGCUUGUUCCCUCUGAUUUGUGGUUGGUGGCUUGACAUUUGUUCACUGGUAAGACAAUCGUGCAGAGAAAACUCAGUUUAUCCUGUUGAUUCAGGCAGCACCGUCUGAACCACUAAACCAUCCAAUUGAAUUUAAUUAUGAUUCUGCAUAUUGAGAAACCACGUGAACUGAAUAUUUUAAAAUAUUGGUUUUGAUGUAAGCUCAGAUGACAUAGAGCAUGUGGUUUUCUCAUUGCAGGAGAUGUUUGAUGCGACUUUACAGGACAGGGAGCAGAGCUUUGACUCAGCUCCUGGUACCACCAUGUUCCUCCACUGGCUGGUGGGUAUGGUCUACGUCUUCUACUUUGCCUCCUUCAUCCUCCUGCUCAGAGAGGUGAGUGAAGGCGUCAAAACAGUCACUUUUAAAAAUCACCAUACAUUUCAGCUUUUCAAUUUUUAAACUUUCAAUUGAAUGUUUAUGUAUUUUUUUGCAGGUUCUUCGCCCUGGUGUCUUGUGGUUUCUAAGGAACCUGAAUGAUCCAGAUUUUAACCCGGUCCAGGAGAUGAUCCACCUUCCCAUCUACAGACACCUGCGAAGAUUCAUCCUCUCUGUGGUCAGUCAAAUACCCCCUACCUCUGUGUUUUACCAAGACUAAUCUCCAGUGACAGACAAUGAUACUGUGUGUAUAUCAAAUCAACUGCACUACAUCCAACAAUCUGAGAAGAUGGAAGCACAUUUUUACAAGGGAGUAAAGCUGAAAGGAAGGAAUCUUGUGGGACCAGCAGAUACACCUGAGCCUCCUAUUGUCUCUCCUUUUUACAUCCGUGUUUCCUCUCCUCACCUCCUCUCCUCGUAUUUUAAAUGGUGCAACCAGAAAUCAAAAAGCAAAAAGGAGACAAGGCGUGUAGCAACAGGCGUAUAACCAAACAUCUAUGUACAAACGGUGUAGUACAGUGCAUCAGUGUGAAAGUUUUAUAUCGUCCCUCUUUUAUACAACAGGCAGAUGUCUUAAAAAGCAGCAGCUGGGAUGGCCUCCUUUUGUUAUUGCUGUUUUUAGAAGUAAGCCAUAAUUGUGCACUGCACAAAAAUGUGCACUGAGAUCAUUUUCUGGGUCACUUGCAUGCGAAGCACAAAGAGGAGACCAGUAAGCAGAAAACAGAGAAAUGGAAAAGCACCAAGGUCAUCUUGGGGAGUAGGAGGUGAUGAAGGGCUGGGGUUGGGUCUAAGAGACAGGAUAAUAACACCCUCAAUUAAUUGUUUUAAAAGUCUUUGAGGUUUGAUUAGCUCGACAAAAGGUGUACUUAGGUCAGAUCAGUGGAUGUGACUGUUCAUGGAGAAUUUCUGGUAGUCUGGCAAAGUAACUUCAACAGUAAGUCUUUGUUUUGUUUUCUUUCUCUGUGGGUGUUUUUGUAUCUUCAGGUGGUCUUCGGCUCCAUGGUCCUGUUGAUGCUUUGGCUUCCCAUCAGAAUCAUUAAAAUGCUUUUCCCAACGUUCCUCCCCUACAACGUCAUGCUUUACAGGUACACCCAAAAACUCUACUUUGAAAUAAAACUCUCAGCCUCUCCAAGCAGGAUCAAAACAUGAUCUACUUUUAAUGUUGUCUCAGAUAAUAAUGAGAAACGGCUUGCACACUGCAGGGCUCCAUUAUUCCAGGAAAUUUAAUUCAUCAGUGCAGUAAUGGAAUGACAUGUUCUGGAAUAUUAGAGCCCUGCAGCUUUCGAGCUGUUGUUCUUCAUUUUCUGUGAUAACACUUUCUCUGCCCUUUCUUUGCUGUAAAAUUAAAAAAAAGUGCUGCCUUUGUCAGACAGACUGUAUUUAAAAAGUAAUCAGAGAUGAUGUCUGGUCUCUGCAGUGAUGCUCCAGUCAGCGAGCUCUCACUGGAGCUGCUGCUGCUCCAGGUUGUUCUUCCGGCACUUCUGGAGCAGGGACACACCCGCCAGUGGCUCAAACGACUUGUCCACGCCUGGACUUUCACUGCUGGAUACAUGCUGUAGGUUUAAUACACACACUCACACACACGCGCACACAGACACACACACACACACACACACACAAACAAACAUAAAUGCAUUACGGAAACACGUGUUAAUCAUUAUUAAAUCAAAAAUGACUAUUCUCACAGUCUUAAUCAACCAUAUAGAGAGUUACAACACUGUUCAGAGGACAUUGUGAGGAAAAAAAGUCUAAUCAUAGUAGGACUGGGCAAUUAUAUGAUCGUGAUUAAUGAUUGUGAUAAAUUUCAGUUCGAUCACAGUGAUCAGCUGUGAGCAUAUUUACCCGAUCAAACAUAGUAGAAAUGUGCGUCACAACAGCCAAUCAGAGUCAAGCUUUUCCUGCUCACUUCUGUAAGUUGCUGGAGAAGUGAACACGGGAAGUAAACAGAAUGACAGAACACAGGGCUAAUCGCAAAGCUGAGGGCAGCAGACUAGAUGUCAGCCAUGAUUUUCAUCAUCCUCCAAAGAUGCUGUUGUUGAGAAGAAAAGUUACUCAACGUCGGUUGUGUGGUAAUGGUUCGAGUAUCCCCAAAGUGACGUCGAGCAAUUAAGCCGACGUGUAAGGUAUGUCGGCAGUCGGUACCCUCAAAAACCGGCAACACAACAAAUCUGUUUAAUCAUUUGAAAAAAAGUACUUCUCCAGCAAUUAUGCAGAAAGCAUGAAAAUGUGAGCAGAGUCUGCACAGCCUGACACUGCUGUCAGUAUUUAGUAUUAGCAGUUUAGCCACAACAAGCAGUGCAGCCACCAGACCAAAACAGCAAUCAAUGGUAUCAUCUACGUUUACAUCAUCUAAUGUUUACAUUUUAAGGCAUCUUCAUUAUCCCUGAGGGGGUGAUUUGAUUAUUUUGGGUCUUGCAUACCUGAAAAAACACUCAGAACUGUAAACUAUCCCUAUCAAAUAUAGGAUUUUUAACGGUAUCAGAGCGCCUCAGAUCUCCAGCUUUGACUGCCAAAUGCACCAUUAACUUCUUUUAUUAACACCUGAUAUGCAAGUCACUGCUCUCAUGCUUGUUUAGACGUUGUUUGUCCUUCUGAUGAGCACCUGAUCCUCCACGGAUACUCCGACCCCACGCUGCACUCACCCACUUGGUUUUUAUAUAGUUCACUGUAUUAUUUAGUAUUUGUCUACAUUUGUUGUACUGUUCAGUAAAAAUGUUUUUUAUAUUUAUCUGUUUAUCUUAUUAAUUUGCUUUAUUUAGUUGGUAUGUUAAUGAAAUGUUGAACUAAUCUCUAGUUUCCUUAGUUUUCAGUACAGAUGCUUAAAAACUGACAGUUAAAAAUAAAAAAAAAUGUGAUAAUAAUGGAGAUGGGACGAUAUGUCAAAAUAUAUCCUGAUCUUUUUUUUUGCCAAAUCGCCCAGUCCCACAUCAUAGAUUUUGUUAUAACACAGUCGCACCAAUAAGACAGAACAGUUACUCACCCAAAGCUUUCCCCACAGUGACCUUCACUCCUACCUUCUGGGGGACCAUGAAGACGGUGAGGACCAACCAAACAACAACCUACCUGGUCGCCAUAACAAUAACAGGAUCCCUGGCCUUGGUGAAGGGCUUCACGCUGCUCACCAGGCCAUCCUGCAGCAGGGAGGUCCUGUGGGUUUCAGGUCCUAUCACCGACCAAUUAACUUCCCCCUAAAGGUGACUCACAGUGCCGAUACUCUUAUCAUAUGUUUACCCCCUGCUACUGUCAAAGCCUGGACUGAGUUAUGAAUUAUUGCUGCAAAACUGAUUGACUUUGGUCUUUUUUUGUGUCUAGAUUGUUCUGCUGGUUGUUUUUAUGUGUGUGACAUUGUUACUGGCAAGUUUGAUCUGCCUCACGUUGCCAGGUAAGUGAGAGGUUUUAUCUCUUCUUUUCUGUGCAGGUUUCAUAGUCUCCAAUUUAUCCUCCCUCUCCCUGUGUUCCAGUGUGUGCAGGUCGCUGGCUGAUGUCCUUCUGGAUGGGCAGUGCCAUGGUUCAUGAACUGUACACAGCGGCCAGCGGUCUGUACAUCUGCUGGCUGUCCAUCCGAGCAGCCACUGUUCUGCUCUCAUGGAUGCCACAGGGCCGCACAGUCAUCAUACUCAAAGUCCAAGAGUGGACACUCAUGGUAAAGUAGCUUUUUUACUCAUUCUCUGCACUAAUGGAAAGAAGUGAAGCUGUCUCUGUGCUUGUUGGUUGUUAAGACACAGUGUCCUGUUACAUACAGAUUCUAAAGACGCUGGUGGUUGCAGUCAUGUUGGCUGGUGUGAUUCCUCUGCUGUUGGGUUUGCUGUUUGAAUUGGUUAUCGUGGCUCCUCUGAGAGUCCCACUGGACCAGACGCCUCUCUUCUACCCCUGGCAGGUAGGACUUUGAAGAUGAUGUUUGUCAAAAGUAGUGAUCCCAACUUAGACACCAUUGAACUGUGUCGUUUAACUGUUUAACCAGUUCAGAUGUCUGCUUUCUCUGAUCAUGUAUUUUCUGGCUAAAAUGCCUGUCCUUGUUUACUGAGUCUCUAUGUAUGUAGGUGUAAAUAUAUGUUAGAGUUUUAGUUUAAAAUAUAUAAAAAGUUAGUUUUGUGUCUCUCAAAAGAAGGUUUAGGGAAGAACACAUACAGCUAAAUGUUGAUUUAAAACCAGAUUCACACAGUGUAUUACUCAAGGCUACCAAAUUGUUUUUUAGGCACUGGGCCUUUGUGUGUACACAUGUUUAACAAGUUUGAGACAAACAUCACUGUGUCUGGUUGUUUUGUUUUUGUCUACGUGUGGCAGGACUGGGCUCUGGGUGUGCUUCAUGCUAAAAUCAUUGCUGCCAUCACACUAAUGGGUCCUCAAUGGUGGCUUAAAACCGUCAUCGAGCAGGUCAGUGUUUCAUCCAUUCUUCAUUGAAGUAAAAGGCGCUCCAUCCUUCACACGUGCACUCUCAGUGUGAAGUCAGCAAGUUGGCAAACAGAGACUUGCAUGUACACUUCAGCGACAGAUCUUUACCUUUCCAUGAACAUGACAGGUAAUUGAAUGUUUCACAGGAAAGUGAAAUGAACAAACCAGAGAAGAGAAGUGAGUUUAAGGCCAUCUUACUACCCUUGAGGUUAUUUUUAUCCUGUUAUGUGCUGCUCUCCCGGGUUCAAAGGAACAUUUCACCAAAUUAGGGCUGUAAAGUCCUGGUCGACUGGUCGAAUUAUUGGUCGAUUCGUGCUGAGUCGACCAAAAUUCUGAUUGGUCAACUCGAUUAUUUUCCGCAUCAAUUUACAGUCUAUGGUUAAUUUCAUCGGGGGGAACAUACAAAGUGCAAAUGGAGGUGUUUUUAGAGCACCUCCCUUUCACAGGAAACAGCCUGUCUUUAAAACCCUUGUUGUUUUCAUCAUUGUGGAUUCGCCUAACACACUGGAGACCGGCUGGAGACCGGCUGGAGACAGGGAGAUUGGAGAGCAUCUUUGUUAAUCAACGCCCGGUGGUUUGCUGAAUAUAAUAAGCAAAAGUGAUUAAUAGAAUAGAAUAUUAUUAGAAUAUUAUUAGAAUAGAAGUGAUUCUGUACUGGGAGCAGGGGAUAUUGUUGUACUGACUGGAGGAAUUUCAGAACAUUGUCAGGGACUUGAUUUGUGUCUGGAAGGUGAAGAACUGACUCUUUUCCUUUUCAGUGAGCUGCAUAGACGACAUACUGUAUGGGUAUAUCUUUUUCACAUGUGUUGCCCUUUACCUGUGAAAAACCUCUCCAUAUAGGCAGACUCCAUUAAUCACCUUGAGCUGUUUAUAGCAGGGAGUAAAAGUCGUUCCACUGUCAUGAAGUUUUUUUUUCUCUCAUACUUAAAGGUGUACGCUAACGGUAUCCGAAACAUUGACCUCCAUUUCAUCGUGCGAGGGCUGGCUGCUCCUGUCAUCUGUGUCCUGCUGCUUUCUCUCUCAGUGCCGUACAUCAUCUCGAAGGGCAUCACACCUCUUCUAGGUGAGUCUGAGUGUGGGCUUCUUUGUUUAUGUAAACAUGAGAUGUUUAGUGCAGUCAUCUCUCCUUAUAAACAGAUAGUUUGCAAAGUUUAGGUUCCCUCAUCUCUGACUCGAAAUUUAGUUUUCUAUUCCUGUAUGACCAUUACCCCCAAUUUCCGGAACGGCUACAAAAAGGCCUUAUCCGCCGAUCGCAGCUGAUUGUAACCAUUCAAGUUAAUGUGUCAAUUUCCACUGGCUUCUUUCUGUCCGGUUCACUGGACUCUGCAGCUGAUCACAAGAGCUCUAUUUUUUCUGGACGCUGGAGCAUGCUGGAUAAAUUCAGCACAGAUUAGCCCAUGCUGGGAAGGAAGUCAGGCACAGACACAAAAUAAAACAUCUGGCUUCUUUUCAAAAUAAAACACUACUUGUUUUUUAGGUGGAGUGUAUUUCACACCAUGCAAAUAGGCGGGGACGAACAAGUGAAAGGUUUUUAGACGGCAUUUCACCCCGAUGACACCGUGGAGAUGCUGAUUCUAGAAGCCUAGAAGUGGAUUUCCUCCUUUGGAAGGACACAAUGUACAGCUUAUAUGGUUAUGUGGCUGUGUGAGAGACAACUCGUUAUCGUGCGAUUGCACGUGAAUCUGCGGGUUCUUGUGAGUUCUAGCGAUUCCUGCUGUCUGUACUUUCACACGAAAUUCGCCUCACAAAUGGAUCCAGUAGGAAUUGGCGGACGGCAAAAAUCCCCCCCAUUCCGGAUGUGGUGGCGAUUCGGGGUUAAUUAGUGAAAGGCUGACCUGAUCUAGAGAAAUUUGCUUCCUUUCUCUGUGAUGUUUGAAUUGAUCUUUGAGGUACUGUAAUUGUACAAGAACAUUUCUUUUGAAACCCAAUCAGUCCUAAUUUGGAAGAUUUCCGGCAACAUAUUUAGCUGAAUAUUUCACUCAUCCAAAACCUCUUUUCUUUUAUCAAAAACUUUAACGAGUCAUUUACAAGUUUAAUGUGAUUGUUUGGAGUAACAACAGGCAAGUAUGAAAGGAGAUUAUGUCAUACAUGACACAACACUUAUCGACACAUGGAUUAAUUUUGUCCAUUUAACUUAUACGACAGUGAAAGCAAUGUUAAGAAUGUGAGGGUAUUUCUGUGUUUAUUCCGUCAUCAGUUUUGAUUGACAGAAAAAUAAGAACCUAAAUCAGAAAGGGGAACUUUGUUUUUAGAUCUCUACAGCGUGAAAAAGACUGACCACUGUCCCAGAGUCCAGCGUAAGUACACACGAGCUCAUCUGUGUUUGGGCCCAUGUUGUUGAAGUUUCUGACUAAAUUAGAGGUUGUUACAGACAAAGUCAGGCACAGAGGUAUCAGACACGCUCGGAAAUGGUCAGGCUACAGCUCAGGCAGACUUACACUCAUUUAGAUUCAGGGCUCACUUAUGCAAAGCCUUCCCAUGGCACCAAGUUUUGUUUAAACAACUGUUUUUGAAGUUGAUUGGUACAGGAUUUGAUUGGAUUUGAAAACAAGUCAAUUAAAGAUUCCCAGCCUUUGUGGUCAUCAGGAUUUCAGCCGUUGAGCGAGUCAAACUGUGAUCAAUGUCUUUUCGUCUUUCAUUUACUUUGUGUUGGAAGGCUGGAGUCAGUCAGUUCCCCUCAGACACACUCACUCAUUAAAAGGAGAUUCAGCUGCAGUCUCUGUCUUCACUCAAUAACUCCAUCUCCCCCCUUUACUCCCCCUCCUCCUUUUGAAGGUGUGCAGCCUGAGAUGCAGACUCUGGUGGAAAGGAGGAUCUACCCCUUCCUGCUGAUGGUGGUCAUACUGUUGGCCAUCCUGUCCUUCCAGAUCCGACAGUUCAAACGCCUCUACGAGCACAUCAAGAAUGACAAGUCAGUAAACUCAAAAUCCAGCAGCACACACAGAAAGAGCUUAGAGUUCAAUUUUCUGGUCCUAUCUUAGAAUUUAAAGGUUAAAUACAAGGCUUUGACUUCAAGUACUUCUAAAAUGAAGUCUUAUAAUAAUGAUAAUAUAAUCUUUGUUCUUUAAAUAAAUUUUAAAAAAGUGCUUCACAAACAUAGAAGCCAAAAAAAGGAACAAAACAGUGAGACAAAAUAGCAAGACAUACCAAUAAUGACCCACACGGCUUAAAACAAGGGUUGAAUCAGGAAAAAAAAAGUACUAAAAGUGAUUUUAAAAAGUGGCAGAAGAAACAAUACAGACACCAAAUAAACAGAGUAAUAGUUGUAACUUGGCAGUCAGCUGUUUGUCAUUACUGAUGUAUGACUUAAAAUAGACUUAAAAAAAAAUAAGAAUAUAAGAUGAUUAAAUUUUUAGGUUGAAUUGAUCACUAUCCAAACAAUACAAAUACUGUGUAUUUCUAGGUUCUCCUAAUGUAGAACAUAAGAGGGUUUAACUGUACAGAUAGUAUUAUUAAAAGAUCAUUUAUUAUUAUUUUUUUAAUUUCUUUAUAUUUAAGAUAUUUCACUGUUGUUGUUCUUUGCUCAUUCAUGGAGCACAUCAAGAAUUUUAGGCUGCACUAUAAAAACACCUCAGCAUGUAGGAUGGGACAUCAAACUUUAGAAACAGAAACUUUGGCAGUAUUUUUGUGAGCUCAGUUACUCUGAAUAAAUCCUUCAGUCCACCCCUAAAGCACAGUCAUGUUAUUAUGUAAAAAAAAAGCUUGUUUCUUUGAUGUGACUGUCUGUAUGCACUUUGUGUCGUCAAACAUCGCAGCCUGAGCACUUAGUGUUUGUGGAAAGUUUCAUGGUGGCAAGGAAAGAGAAAAAACAUCACUUCCUCCUAAACUACAAACACGUCUGGCAGACUGCUUUGUGAGGGUUUGAUCAGUUAUGUGUAAGCAACAAAUCAAACUGUGAUUCAGAGGGAGAAUCAGAUCAGUGAGACUGAUCCCACCCCCCACCCCGCCCCCAAAAAUGGGAUCAGUGAAAUCUCGAGGGGAAACCUCAGCCUGACAUCCAGCUAAAGAGAUGUAUGUUUUAUGUGAAACAAGUGCUUGUGUCCACAUGGUGUUAUAACUUAAGUGCUGGGGUUUUUUCACAAAAAAGUUCACAAAGAGGAGAGGCCAGGUACAAUUCCAGGAGGAGAGCAUCCUUUUUUAGAGUGAUCUGGCUGUUUUGAGUGGACAGUUUGAGUUCUUCUGAACUUUUUAGAAAGGAGCCACUGUCUCUCACCUCUCUUCUAUUUUUGUGAAUAUUGAACCAUGUGCAGCAGGUCUUGACACGAUAAAGAUUUGCAAAAGGCAGGAGAAGUUUGUUUGAUCCAUAUUUGUCAAAACUGUACAAUACGUCUGGAAAUAACCGGCCUUUCUCUGUCUUCAGAGUUGCUUUGGCUCAGCAUCCCUUUCUCUGUUGUGUGAGUGAUUUUUUUUUAGAUGUCAAGCAUUCUGGGUUUGCCAAACUGAUUUUAUUCAAUAAGAAUACAAUAAACAGAAUAUCAAUUAGUUUAAACACACAGCCAGCCAGAUUAUGGCAACAGCAACCACUCUACGGUGACUCUCCAGGGACACAUAGUUCAGAAAAUGAAAACGUUUUGCAAACAUGGGAGAAUUUCAGUUUUGAGUAACCUCAGCUCAGAUUUAGGUUCAGAAGGGAAGAAUAAUACAAAGCAAAAAGAAGAUGAAACCAAAUGUGGUGCAUCAUGAAAGGUUAGGGGCUGAUAUUAGCUAAUAGGUUGUUGUUAAUAUGGUUCUCUCACUAACAAAAUACACAUUAAGUUUGUAGUUGCCAUCACCACACAACUCCUGAUCCUUACCAGGGCUCCUCCUAAAGUUCAGACAUGCUUCUCUGACAUAGAAAUUUGUGAACAAAGGCCCUCAGUGGUUUAAAGGAUCUGAUUUUAUGUCUCUGUCCUGUCUUUCAGAUACCUGGUUGGACAGCGCCUGGUGAACUAUGAGCGUAAGACAGGCAGGAGCACCUCCUCGUACAGCGCCUCUUCUUAG